CUGUCACUGUUAUCACAAUUGCCAGAUAACAUGGCCACCAACGUUGAGGGCAAAGGUUUCACCGAAGAGCAAGAAGCUCUGGUGGUCAAAUCAUGGAACCAAAUGAAGAAUAAUUCUCCACAACUGAGUCUCACGUUUUUCAAGAAAAUAUUGGAGAUUGCUCCACCAGCUAAGCAACUCUUCUCCUUCUUGAAAGAUUCAGACCUUCCUUUGGACCAAAACCCCAAGCUCAUGUCCCAUGCCAUGGCUGUCUUUGUCAUGACCUGUGAAUCAGCGGUUCAACUUAGGAAAGCUGGUAAAGUCACUGUGAGAGAAUCAAACUUGAAAAAGUUAGGUGCUACUCAUUUUAAAGCAGGUGUAGUAGCCGAGCAUUUCGAGGUAACCAAGGCGGCACUUGUAGAGACCGUAAAAGAAGCAGUGCCUGAAAUGUGGUCACCGGCAAUGAAAAAAGCAUGGGAAGAAGCUCAUGAUCAGCUGGCUGAUGCCAUCAAAUCCGAAAUGAAACCCUCCUCUUAGACUUUCUUCCAAUUCCUUAGCUCAUUUCCU